AACCAUAAUACAAGAUGGCGGGUGCCGACGGCGAUGAUUCUCUUUACCCCAUUGCGGUGCUUAUUGACGAAUUAAGGAAUGAAGAUGUUCAGUUGCGGCUGAACAGCAUUAAGAAGCUUUCUACCAUUGCCCUGGCACUGGGAGUGGAAAGGACCCGCACAGAACUCCUUCCCUUCCUCACAGAUACAAUCUACGAUGAGGAUGAAGUGCUUCUCGCUCUUGCUGAACAGCUGGGCAACUUCACCAUGCUGGUUGGAGGCCCUGAAUACGUUCACUGUCUCCUUCCACCACUGGAAAGCCUGGCCACGGUGGAGGAGACAGUGGUGCGGGACAAGGCGGUGGAGUCCCUGCGCAAAAUCUCUCACGAGCACUCGCCCGUGGACCUGGAGGUGCAUUUCGAGCCUCUCGUGAAACGACUGGCCAGCGGUGACUGGUUCACCUCUCGCACCUCAGCCUGCGGCCUGUUCAGCGUCUGCUACCCGCGUGUCUCCAGCACCGUCAAGGCAGAGAUCCGCCAACAUUUCCGUAACCUGUGCUCUGAUGACACCCCGAUGGUGCGUCGUGCCGCGGCCUCCAAACUCGGCGAGUUCGCCAAAGUGCUGGAGCUGGACUACAUCAAGAGCGACAUCAUUUCUCUCUUCACUGCACUGGCAUCUGAUGAGCAGGACUCCGUGCGCCUCCUGGCUGUGGAGGCGUGUGUCAGCAUCGCCACACUGCUGCCUCAGGAGGACCUGGAGACACUGGUCAUGCCCACUCUGCGGCAAGCGGCCGAGGACAAGUCCUGGAGGGUGCGCUACAUGGUGGCAGACAAGUUCUCAGAGUUACAAAAGGCAGUUGGACCAGAAAUCACAAAGAACGACCUGGUACCAGCCUUCCAAAACCUUCUCAAAGACUGCGAGGCCGAGGUGCGGGCUGCCGCUGCGAACAAGGUCAAAGAAUUCUGCGAGAAUUUACCAGAGGACAGCCGUGAGACCAUCAUCAUGAGUCACAUUCUGCCCUGUGUCAAGGAACUGGUUUCAGACACGAAUCAGCAUGUGAAAUCUGCACUGGCUUCUGUGAUCAUGGGUCUGUCGACCAUUCUGGGCAAGGACAACACCAUCGAGCACCUGCUUCCUCUGUUCCUGGCUCAGCUCAAAGAUGAGUGUCCAGAGGUGCGACUCAACAUCAUCUCCAAUCUGGACUGCGUGAACGAGGUCAUCGGCAUCCGCCAGCUUUCACAGUCUCUGCUCCCGGCUAUUGUCGAGCUGGCCGAAGAUGCCAAGUGGAGAGUGCGACUGGCCAUCAUCGAAUACAUGCCUCUACUGGCUGGCCAGCUGGGCGUGGAAUUCUUUGAUGAGAAGCUGAAUUCCCUGUGCAUGGCGUGGCUCGUCGAUCAUGUCUACGCCAUCCGAGAGGCGGCCACCUGCAACCUGACGAAGCUGGUGGAGAAGUUCGGGGCGGAGUGGGCUCAGAACACCAUCGUCCCCAAGGUGCUCGGAAUGGCCAACGACCCCAACUACCUGCACCGCAUGACCACGCUUUUCUGCAUCAACGCUCUGUCGGAGGCGUGCGGCCAGGACAUCACGACCAAGCACAUGCUCCCGGUGGUCCUGAAGAUGUCCAACGACCAGGUGGCCAACGUGCGCUUCAACGUGGCGAAGUCUCUGCAGAAGAUCGGCCCCGUUCUGGACAGCAACUCUCUGCAGAACGAGGUGAAGCCUGUACUGGAGAAGUUAGCCGCAGACCAAGACAUUGACGUCAAGUACUUUGCCCAAGAGGCCAUAAGUGUUCUUGCCCUGGCUUAACGGAUUCCCCUGCUGAAUUCCCCAUCUCGAGCUGACCUCCCCUGUAAUCAUCGGUUUUCAGAAUCAUUCAUUGGACUGUUUUUAGAUUCCGCUCGGAAGCGUGAGAGAAAAGCUUCUUUUCUCAGUGUUCGAAUCGCUGGUUUCCCAGCCUUGAACGAUCCUGAACGCUGCGCCGUGUCCCUCGUUACUAAACUACGCUGAGGUGAGGUGGGGUACUAAUCACACACACCAUACUUAAGUGUGUCCAGCUUGCCUUUCGUCUCUCGUUAAUCCUCGUAACAGACAGCACUUUUAGAUGUCGUACUUAAUGAACUGUCGUGAUUAAUACUUAGUGCAACCUUCCACACUGCGUACAUUGUCUGUUUUAGCGGCGACGUUGUAGAUCCGACGUAACGACUCUGUAUCCUUCACGUUUCUAUAGUGUAAGUGUACUAUAAACCAUCGUACGGACAGGCGGUUCAGAGUUCGCAUGGCUUGCUUCGAGUCUCGCCCGCGCAUGCGAAUAGCCGACGACAGAACUGCUGUUAGCAUAUAGCCUCCUCGGCCCAGGUCCUCGAACCACGGGCUGCAGUAAUCUUUUGUUUCUAAGCCACUUUCUUCUGUGCGCUAUCGUGACGAAACCCGAGUGGAAUGCCUGUGUUCUGUAAAGGGACCAUUCCAGACAUAAUCGUCUGGUAACGGUCACCCUGAGGUCACGUAAUUCCUUCUCUGCCUCCCUGUGCCAUAAACUACACUUUAAUACACGCGUUCCGUGUUUCGUUUCGAUGGAACAGAUCUACGUAAAGCUCCGAUCGUCCUUCGUUAGCUUCUGCAUGAGCCCCUGAACUCAGAGCUGACCCUCGUUAGCACCGGGAUCAUCGUUAGGCUUGGUCCUCUCCUAGUCAGUGCAGUCGCUUUGCCGGUAAAUGUGCUCGCUCUUCAGAUUGAGGAACAGAGCAGUACUUUAUUUUGUUUGUUGUUGUCGUGAUGAUCCGAAUGUGCUAAUGGUUUUAUAUGAAUGUGAGAUCGCGCCGUCCUCGGGCAGCGAGGAGAAUAAAUAAAGAAUCUGACACAAA